AAGUAAAGUAAGGCAGGUUUGCCUCAUUCCCAAAGCUUCAAACACCGUGGCAUUACAUUACAGUGAGUGCACCACAGUAUUAUUCCUUUUCUUAAUAUUCACACAAACACCCCCAGAUUUCCCGUUUUUUACACAUCAACCCCUCAGUGCGAGGGCAGUUUCGUCCUAAGAUUUAUGCUCCACGUUGGUCACAGAAAGGCGGCCCUGCGAUAUUCCCGUAUUGCCCCGCUCCAACGGAUAUAAAAGCAUCGUUUCCGGGGGUAGAAACGUCCAUUCACCUGCGGGAAUCGCUGUUGGGGCGUAAAAUAGGCAAAAAUAGAAGAACGUGAGCGAUCCGCGCACACCACGAAAGGUGGGGCUCUGAGAGAGAGAGAGAGAGAGAUAAAGGUGGAGAGAGAAAGUUAGUUUCGAGACGUUACCGGACUUGACAACGUCCUAUCGGCCGGAAUUUGGGAACUGUGUUGGCGUCCGCCUCAGGGUUCCCUUCGAAUUUAGGGUUUAAUUCUGUAUCUCAGUGCUCAGAAUCACUGCUCCAUUUACUGGAAUCUUGACAGCCUCUUGAUCGACUCGGGUUUCCCGAUCUGCUGUAGAAUGUUUUCGCCGCAGAAGUUGUGGGCGGUGACGCCUAGGAGCGAGCCGGUUCAGAAGAGCGGGUCCGGGCCUGCUUCGGGCUUGAACGCUAGCUCGUUGAGCCCGAGGAAUGGCGAGGCUUUGGCGAAAGGGAAAGCUGUGGCAUUUGUUCUGGACGACCGAGACCCGUUGACUGAGAAGGUCUCGAAGCUCGAGAAUGAGCUUUUUGAGUAUCAGUACAACAUGGGGCUUCUUUUGAUUGAAAAGAAGGAUUGGAGUUUCAAGUAUGAUGAACUGAAGCAAGCUUUAGCAGAUGUGACUGAUAACCUAAAAAGAGAGCAAGCAGCGCAUUCGAGUGCGAUGUUUGAAGUGGAGAAGCGGGAAGAGAACCUAAAAAAAGCAUUGGGUGUUGAAAGACAGUGUGUGCUUGAUCUCGAGAAGGCUUUACGUGAGAUGCGGUCGGAACAUGCUGAAAUCAAGUUUAAUGCUGAUUCUAAAUUGGCCGAGGCCAAUGCAUUAGUCACAGGUGUUGAAGAGAAAUCACUGGAGGUGGAAGCAAAACUUCAUGCUGCUGAUGCUAAACUUGCUGGAGUUAGCAGGAAGAGCUCAGAAAUUGAGAGGAAAUUGCAUGAGUUGGAGGCUCAAGAAAAUUUACUCCGAAGAGAACGGUCUUUGUUUACCACAGAGCGUGAAGCUCGUGAUGCUGAUAUGUCUAAACAACGAGAAGACUUGCGAGAAUGGGAACGGAAAUUACAGGAAGCUGAGGAGAGACUGGUUGAUGGUAGACGAUUACUGAACCAAAGAGAGGAAAGAGCAAAUGAACUUGAUAAUACAUUGAAGGAAAAACAGAAUGAUCUUGCAGAACUGAGGAAGAAGAUAGAGAUUGCUAGUUCAACUUUGAGGACCAAAGAGGAUGAUAUAAGUAGCAGACUAGCCAAUGUAGCUCUAAAGGAGAAGGAAGCUGAAGAUGCGAAGAAGAGGUUGGAGGACAAAGAGAAGAAUUUGCUGGAAUUGGAAGAGAAAUUAAAUGCUAGAGAAGAGUCGGAGAUUCAGAAACUGUUGGAUGAACAUAAGAGCAUCCUGGCUGAAAAGCAGAAGGAGUUUGAGUUGGAGAUUGAGCAGAAGAGACAGUUGAAUGAUGAACAGUUGAAAAACAAGGUAGUUGAAGUGGAGAACAAGGAAGCUGAAAUUAAACAUAUGGAAGAGAAAGUGAAGAAGCGUGAACUGGCAAUUGAAAAGAAAAUGGAAAAAGUGAGGGAGCGGGAAAUGGAUUUUGAUUCCAAAUCAAAAGCUUUGAAGGAAAGGGAAAAGUCUCUUAAAGUUGAGGAGAAAAAUUUGGGGAAUGAAAGAAAAGAAUUGCUUGCUGAAAAGGAAGAAUUACUCAGUAUCAAGGCUGCACUUGAAAAUAUCAAGACCGACACUGAGAAACUGCGGGUGAGACUCAAGGAAGAAAGAGAACAACUGCAAGUAACUGAAGAUGAAAGAAAAGAACAUGCCCGCUUGCAAGCAGAGUUGAAAGAAGAGAUAGAAAAAUACAGAGUCCAAAGUGAGCAGCUUAUGAAAGAAGCCGAUGAUUUAAAGCAAGAAAAGGGGAAAUUUGAGAAAGAAUGGGAAGAGCUGGAUGAUAAAAGAGAGAAGAUAAAGCAAGAACAAGAGGAUAUUCUUGAGCAGAAAAGGUGUUUCGAAAAACUAAGACAGUCUGAAGAGGAAAGCUUACACAAUGAAAAGCUGGAAACAGAACAGUUUGUUCAAAGAGAAUUUGAAGCGCUUAAAUUAGCAAAGGAUUCUUUUGCUGCUAGCAUGGAGCAUGAAAAGUCAAUGUUGGCUGAAAAACUCGAAAAUGAAAAGAGUAAACACUUUCAUGACUUUGAAAUGCAGAAACAAGAAUUUGAGACCAAAAUGCGAAUCAAGCAAGAAGAGAUGGAGAAUUCUUUGAAUGAGAGGGAAAAAUCUUUUGAACAAGAGAAGGACAUGGAACUCAGCAAUGUUAAUUACUUGAGGGAUGUGGCUAAAAGAGAAAUGGAAGACAUGAAAUUGGAAAGACAGAGGAUAGAGAAAGAAAAAUUAGAGAUUUCACAGAAUAAGCAGCAUGCGGAGGCGCAACAAACUGAGAUGAAAAAAGAUAUUGAAGAGUUGGUUACUUUGAGUAAGAAGUUUAAGGACCAGAGGGAACAAUUCAUCAAAGAAAGAGAACGCUUCAUUGCGUUUGCUGAAAAGCAGAAGAACUGCAAUGUUUGCGGAGAGACUAUUCGUGAAUUUGUGCUGUCCGAUCUUCACCUUUUAGCUGAAAUGAAGAAUGUUGAGGCUCCUGCACUACCUACUGUAGCAGAUGCUUAUCUGAAGAAGGCAGUUGAAGGCACUUCCGGGAGGAAUGAUGCUGAAUCAUCCCCUUUUGUAUUUAAUGCAGGAUCUCCCUCUGCUGUUGGUACUGUCUCUUGGCUCCGGAAAUGUACCUCAAAGAUUUUUAAAUUUUCACCAGGAAAGAAACUUGAAAUGGAUUAUGCCCAGGGUCCUGAAGGGUCCCUUUCACUUCCCAUGAACCAAGCUGUGGAUACAUCAAAAGCAUUACCUAGUGGUGAAAAGGAGCCAAAUCCAUCCAUUCAAGUUGCAAAUGAUUCUGUUGAUGUUGAAAUAAUUGAAUCAGAAAAUGCCAUUCGGGAGGUUGAAACUGCCCAAGUUCUCUCAGUUGAUCAAGAUCCAUCAUAUGUCCCAGAAAAUUCUCAGAAUAGUGAUCUGAAGAUGCACCGCCGUGGACCUGGCAAGAGAAGUAGGCCUAGAGGUGGCAGAACAAGAGCAGUGAAAGGUGUUAUUGCAAAUUCUAACACCAAUGGUGAUGUGGAGAACUCAGUUCAUACAAAUGAUGAAAUACAAGCAGAAUCUGAUCAAGUUGUGACAGCAAAAAACAGAAGAAAACGAGACCGCCUUGAUGGAUCACAAGCAACAGUAAGUGACAGUCAAACUGAAGGUCAUUCAGAGAGCAUUAAGGAUGGUGAUCGACCCAGGAGGCGACAAAGGGUUGUGGGCCUUGCAGCUGAACAAAACCCUGGCCAGAAACGGUACAAUCUCCGGCAAUCCAAAAGAUCAGUGGGAACAGUGACUAAUGGAUCCUUACCUCAAGUAAGAAAGGGCAAGGAAAAGGAAGCUGAAAAUGUUGAGACAUCCGGAGCUCCAAGGGAUGAAAGAGCAGUCCCUGCUUCUAGAAGAUCUACGAGAGGAGCUGGUGAUGAGCUUGUGAGAAGCACUGCUGCUGCGAGCGAGUUUUCUGCUGACAGUCCUGCACAGUUUAAAAACCCCGGAGGCACCAACAACGGUGGGUAUGCUGGCACAGCUCUGAGCGAGGAGGUUAGUGGAACAGCAGGGGAGAGAGAGUACAGAAGUGAGAGCCGCGAGGAAGAUGAUAACGACGGGGAUGGUGACGAGGUUGAUCAUCCCGGUCAAGCCUCCAUUGGGAAGAAGCUCUGGACUUUCCUCACCACGUAAAAUACCCGACUUCUUACUUGUUAAUUGUAAUAACCAUUGUAGCAUCAUCACCCAAGAAAUUUGUUAUAGUUAGUUGUUUGUAUUAAUUAGUUUGCAAAUACUGGUCAUGAAUUUCGGGUUGGAGGGGUUAAAUAGAUCCCUUCAUCUUGCCCACUAGGAAGUUGGGGUUGUUAGUAUAUGUAGCUAAUAUUCUUGACAGUGACUGCCACUGGCUUUGCUUUCUUUGUACCCUUUUGCUCAUAUGUAUCACUUGAGCUUUGUGCCUUUGUGCAUUAAAGCUGGUUUGGAUUUUCA